AUGAAAAUGAAUCUCUCAUUAGCAGACAAACGUAUCGAGCAUGCCAUUGAACAAACGAAUCGAAUCUUCCCAUUCGUUGUCUUACCAUUAGCAACAAUUGGCAAUACACUUUGCUUUUUGGUCUUCUGUCGGGCCAAAUUUCAAAAGCGUUUAACACGCACAUCUUCAAUUUGUUUACGACUUUCAUGUGUCAAUGAUCUGAUCUUACUAUAUCUAUUUUCGAUCGACGUCAUCUUGAAACUCUAUAUGAAACCAUCCAUGCGAAUUUACACCUCACCUGCCACGUGUCGUCUGUAUAAAUUCAUUCGUUAUUCAUUUUUGGACAUGUCGGCUUACAUUCAAUUGAGUUUAACAACUGAUCGGUUUAUUUGCUGCGUGCACCAUACAUAUUAUUCACAUUGGCGAAAGAAAUAUUAUCUAUAUUAUUUACUGUUGAUUGCUUAUGCUUGCAUUUUGCUGAAGAAUUCUUCAUUCUUAUCUCCACUAUAUGGUUUCACUGUUGUUAAUAAGAAUCGAACAGUUACCAAAUGUUCAGUUAAACUUUCAGCAAAGAAUUUCGCUAUCUAUAUGGCUUACGGUCAAUCAUUAAUCGAUGUUGUGUUUAUCACAUUUAUUCCAUUUUUUCUUAUUCUCUAUUUCAACUCUCGAAUUUUACGAGAAGUUCUAUACAUUCGCACACAAUGUUGGAGUACACUGACACGCUUGAUGCAUUUAACUCCUGCCGAACAAAAAGAACCCACUCGAAAUCCAAUCAUCGUUUCGAGCUGCAGCCAUGCUCGACGUCGACGUCGCCUUCAUCUUACAUUUGCACUUGGUUGUAUCUCAUUCGUUUUCGUACUCAGUACAGCUCCAUACAAAAUCUUCAAGAUCGUCGAAAGACACGAUAAACUCCAACGUGAUAAACUCAAAUACGGAACGUCAAAAUCUAUAAAUAUUCAGUUAGCUGAGAUUAUCAUUGAUUCCCUUGAGUAUCUAUCAUGUUCGACACCGUUUUUUGUCUGUCUAACAACAUCAAGCAAAUCUACUGGUCAAGUACUAGUAAACGACAGAAAUAUCAGUUGUUUUUCAUCCAGCAAUAAUACAGCAGUACGCCUUUUCUGUUCAAAUGCUCUUGCUGUUCAAGAUCUAUCGUUUGAUCAUUUACAACAAAACUUAGAUAAUACCAUUGAAUAUAUUGAGAUAGCGGGACUAGGAGAAGGUUCUACUGGACCAUUAACUGCUAUUCCAGUCAGUGCUUGUCGUUUCAAGCAACUCAAAUUCUUACGCUUAUCGAAUAAUCAAAUAACAAAUCCAAUGCCUGCUCCUCUACCUUCAUGUUUUGCUCGUUUGGAAAGACUCGAUCUAAAUGGUAAUUAUCUCCGUGAAGUUCCCGUUGCAUGGACUUCUCAAAUGCAUAAUCUGAAAAUGUUUUCGAACAUCUCCAAUGUAGAUUUUAUCGAUUUGUCUGAGAACUUACUAACCAGUGUUGAACUGUGGCUAUUACAAAUAAAAAAAUUAAUAGACUAUUCAGCCAAUCCGAUAACUCGUUUCACUAAUUAUCAUAAUUAUAGUCUGGCAAAUUAUCAAUCGAGUAUAACUCAACAAAUAGUUAUUUAUACUACACAAACGUUCCUUGAUUUCGAUGACGGUAUACUAGAAAUGUACAAUCGUUGUGAAGAAACUGAUGAGACAUAUCCACAGAUAAUAAUGGAAGCAGUCAAAAAGAUUCAUGAUACUAAUCCUGGAUUACUCAAUUGGAAUUGUUCAUGCAAAUUUUACCAUUUACGAAAGUAUCUUAUGGCAAAAGAAAAUAAUCACGCAUUUGCCCACUGGGCAUGCCCGAAUGAAAACGAUCUAUCAUACGAUGAAAAGUGUAAUUGUCAAUCAUCAUUUGUUAGUGGCAGUAACACUCCUAGUUUCUGUAAGAUUCAAGAUUGGACUGCAAACAAAUGCGGAGCGAAUAGUUUGGAAAAUUGUACUGAUUUACAGGCUCUCUGUUCCACAAUGUACAGCGAACUAAUGACGAUUCCUGUGAAUAACAUGAUCAGAGUAUCGAAGUUUGUAGAUAUACUCCAAAAGUUUUAUCAGAAGCUUGACGACCUGCUCACUUUUCAAUCGGUCACAUUACCAAUUCGAGCUGAUUUACAAAAUCUAACAACAGUAAUCGAAAAUCUCUUAGAAUCCAUCGGAACUACAAUUAAUAUCACUUCGAAUUCAAUCGCUAUCCUAAGUGUAAGGAAAGGAAGCUCAAUCUAUUCUUUCUGUCAAUCAGAAGAAGCAAAUUCUACCUUCAGCUAUCUAACUGACAUCAAUCAAACGAAUAUAACAGCAAGUAUAACUAUCGACCAACUCUCCAUCGAUAGCUUAUUUCCUACUGAUAUCUAUACAUUCUAUUUUCUUCCAUCUUUACUCUUUCAACAUGCACAAAAUAAUCAACGGAAGAUCAUCGUUUCACCCAUCGUGGGUGUUCAUCUUCCGAAACGAAUAUCUCAGCUUAUUACCAUGUCAUUCACUGAUAAAGUUCGUUCAUUUGGUUCAUAUUCUUGUGAAUUUUGGCAAGCAGGUGAUUGGAAUUCUACUGACUGUUUCUAUCGGAGAGAUACCAAAUCUAAUCGUCAUUUUUGUCAAUGUAAUCAUACGACAUCAUUCGCACUAUUAUUUACUCCUGACAAAUCUAUUCCACAGGCAUACAUACCUUCAAUAACAAUAGCUCUGCUGUCUAUUGUUUGCUUUUUUGUUUCAAUUAUUCUUUCACUUUACCAUCAGUCAAAAUCCAUUCGUUACUUAUCUAUAGGAAAUAUUUUCAAUCUGAUCAGUUCGAUUACUCUAUUUUCGUUGUUUACUGUCCUUCUAAUUCGCGGUUAUCAAUCAUCAAAAGCACAAUCGAAUAUCGACAUAGAAGUAUGCUCAAAAGCUGAACAGAAUCUUUCAAUAAGUAUCUAUUUUUUCCUCAUAUUAUCAUUCGUUAGUAAAACAUUCCUUGGUAUUUGUUAUUUCUUCACGAUAUUCUUUCAUUUUAUCUUCAUCCAAUACACUACAUUGUCGAAUAAAUGGCUUUAUGUAAGUCUUCUUCUUGCCAUUCUUAUUGCUCUUAUUCCGACUAUUAUUAUUCGCGUUAUUCUCAAUCAAUGGUCAAAGUUAUUCGUUCACUAUGAUGGUAUUUGUUGGUUGAAUACCUCGGUAAUUUUUCGUUUUGUUUCGAUUCCAAUUCUGAUAUUCAUCUCGUUAAAUCUAUUGAUUAUUUUCGCCAUCUCAACUCGACUAUUUCAAUUUGUUCUCGGCCGAAAAAAGGCACCAACAAGUGAAAAGCGCGUGAAUAUUUCAUUGUUGAUAUGGGUGUCAUUGUGCAUUUCAUUGGGUAUCGCUUGGAUAGUUGGACCGUUUCUAGAAAUUACCAGUAGUGAAAGCAACCGAUCGGCCAGAACGGUUAUACAAUGGAUAUUUGCGAUUUUUAUUGGCUUGGAAGGUGUGUGGGUGUUGAUCAUCAACAUCAUAUUUUAUUUCAAUCAGACGGGAAAUGUGAAAAAGCGACCAAAGAAUAUGAACAAAAGUCAUAAAUCUGAUUUUUAA